AUGGCGGAUGUAGAGCAAAAGAAGAGGCGAACUGACCUUCUGCAAGUUCACUCACCACAGUGGCAUCAACUUGACCAGCUGCUAGGCAUGUCCUACCAGCAGCUGACGCAGCUGUGCAGUACACGGCGUCAGCUGCAGAACCGGAAGCGGCUGUCCCGGAAGCCGAGCUCGCUGAGGAAGCAGCAGCGCAAGACCAAGAAAGAGGCACUGCCCACUAAGAAGCCAAAGGUGAAGAUACACCUGCGCAGCCUGCUCAUCCUGCCUGAUGUGGUGGGCAGCAUGGUGGGCAUCUACAAUGGCAACGCCUUCAACCAGGUGGAGAUCAACCGUGAGAUGAUCAGUCAUUACCUGGGCAAGUUCAUCACCUACAAGGCCAGCAUCGGCACCACCCACUCCUCCAGCUUCAUCCCCCUCAAGUAGCCCUGUGACCUGUAAAGCCUCUGACGCGUGUGGCCGGCACAUCCAAAAAAAAAAAAAGUUUGUCAGAGGGUUAAUUGAAUGGAAGACUAUGAAAGGAAAAAAUUGCUGCCAAAAAGACGUAGUGGCCAGGUAUCAUUGUGCUGGCCCAACUAUGGUUUUGGAAUGGAAGGUUUUCUAAGGCAGAGAAGGUGCCACAGAGACUGAGCUGGAGGAGAAGAAAGAAGCUGUUCCUUCUUCCCCUUCCUUGGAGAGUUUGGGUGCUGUAUCUUAUUUCAAGCUCUGGAAUAACUUCAAAAUGUUAUUUAUUUUCACUGAAGAAUAUUUUAAAUCCACAAGAUUUUCACUGGCCAAUUUUUUCAGAAGCGGACUAUCAUGCCUUUCUUCCUAGUCUUUCUUAGUCUGGAAGCUCUGCUGAAACCUGUCCACCAUAGGUGACCCUGCUGGUGCUUGAAAUACCGGUGUCAUAGCUUCCAGCAUCACCACAACAAGCAAGCCACCGUAGUACAACAAACUGACAGACGCCUGAGGAUAAGCAACAUCAUGAGAAAUGGAGAAAAGACUGAAAUCAAUGUCCAUGGAAACAGCAGUCAAAAAAAUCAAACAAAGUAUUGCACUGGGCAAAUCUGCUGCAAAAGACUUCUUUAAAGUGUUAAGAAGCAAAGAUGUCACUUCGAGGACUAAGGUGAGCCUGACCCAAGCCAUAGUAUAUUCAGUCGCCUCGUAUGCAUGCAAAAGCUGGAGAAUGAAUAAGGAAGACUGGAGAAUUGACCGCUUUGAAUUAUCAUGUUGGCAAAGAAUAUUGCAUAUACCAAGGACUGACAGAAGAAUGAACAAAUCUGUCUUGGAAGAGGUAUACUCAGAAUGCUGCUUAGAAGCAAGGAUGGUGAGACUACAUCUUACAUACUUUGGACAUGUUAUCAGGAGGGACCAGUCACUGGAGAAGGACAUCAUGCUUGGUAAAGUAGAGGGUCAGCGAAAAAGAGGAAGACUCUCAACAAGAUGGAUUGACACAGUGGCUGCAAAAUGGGCUCAAGCAGAACAACGAUUGUGAGGAUGAUACAGGACCGGGAAGUGUUUCAUUCUGUUGAUCAUAGGCUCACUAUGAGUAGGAACCGACUUGACAGCACCUAACGAUAACAACGACAUUUUAAGUUAAAACCGUAGUACAUAUACACAGUAACAUGUGUUAACAGAUGGUAAGGAUAUGCAAUGAAAGAGCAGAACUGGCCCAUAGGGUUUCCAAGGAGUGGCUGGAUUCGAACUGCUGACCUUUUUGGUUAGCAGCUGAAUUCUUUUUUUUUUUUUUAAUAAUUUUUAUUGUGCUUUAAGUGAAAGUUUACAAAUCAAAUCAGUCUGUCACAUAUAAACUUAUAUACACCUUACUCCAUACUCCCACUUACUCUCCCCUUAAUGAGUCAGCCCGCUCCCUCCUUCCAGUCUCUCCUUUCAUGUCGGUUUUGCCAGUUUCUAACCCUCUCUACCCUCCCAUCUCCCCUCCAGACAGGAGAUGCCAACACAGUCUCAAGUGUCCACCUGAUACAAGUAGCUCACUCCUCAUCAGCAUCUCUCUCCAACCCAUUGUCCAGCCCUUUCCAUGUCUGAUGAGUUGUCUUCGGGAAUGGUUCCCGUCCUGGGCCAACAGAAGGUUUGGGGACCGUGACCACCGGGAUUCCUCUAGUCUCAGUCAGACCAUUAAGUCUGGUCUUUUUAUGAGAAUUUGGGGUCUGCAUCCC